AUGUUUGCAACUGAACAUCUGGUGCAAAAUCUCAACACUAAUAUUGAUGCUUUAUUAAAGAUUGUCUCCAAAACAAUCACAAGAAAAGCUGGUAUUAUAACUCUCUCGAGCGCUAUAGCGCUUGCAUUUUUAUAUUCAACUAUUCAGAAAUUUAUUCAGCCCUCCAAGAAAUUGAGACAUCUACCAUUCAUCAGCUAUCUAACAUUUUUAAGAUAUGUCUUCAAAGACGCUUUGUUAGAAGCAUAUUCAAAAGAACAAAUCUUGCCCCUAAUGAAAAGGUCCAAUGGCGUUUACGUAAGGCCGACUGUUCAAGGUUGGUCAGUCAUGUUUGCCAAUCCAGUUGCAGUAAAGCAACUUUUGUUAAAACCAGAAAGCAGCUUUCCCAAGGCGCUAUCAAAUGUAGGACUACCUGGGACACUCAUUAACAAAUUCAUUGGCGGACCCAGUAUUCUCAGUGUCAGCGGACCAGACUGGAAAAGACAUAGAAAAAUUGCAAAUCCUGCCUUCCAACGGUCUAUGCCAAUUACAACCUUUGGUGAACUCACCAUAAAGAUGUUUGAGGUCAUAAACAAAGAACCAGGUGAUACAAUUGAUGUGCUCGACCUUUUUGAGAGGUGGACACUUGAUGCUAUAGGAAUCACAGGCUUUGACUUUGAUUUCAAUGCACUUGGUGACAAGCACAACAAAUGGGUGGAUUAUUAUGACUCUGUUAAAGGCGGCAUGAGUAAUCCCUUUUUUAUCUUUUUCUAUCAAUUUGACACCAAGUACGUCCAUCUUUUCAAAAAGAGAAAAGAACUCCAUGAGAAACUCGAUAAAUUCUUGAGUAAUUUGGACGACAUCAUUAAUCAAAAACGAGAGCUUGUCCGGCAUAAUAUAUCAAAGACUACAGAUAGUGAGAGGGAUCUGUUGACUUUAAUGAUUGAAAGCGAAAUGAAUGAAGAGGGCGACAAAAUGUCGAAUGAAGAACUUCGUAGUAAUUUGUGUAUAUUUUUCCUUGCGGGCCAUGAUACGACAGCCAAUACAUUAGCAUUUGCACUUUAUGAACUGGCCAUGAAUCCUGAACUGCAAGAAAAGGCAAGAGAGGAGGCAAUCAGGGUUCUUGGUGACAGUCCUGCAGAUGCCAUACCAACUCUCGAACAAACUAAAGAAUUAAACUUCCUCAAUAUGGUUAUUAAAGAAACUUUGAGACGACAUCCUCCUGUUUACAAUAUUACCAGCCGAGUAGUCUUAGAAGACAUGGAUAUAGUGGGCAACUUCAUUCCCAAAGGAUCUGAAGUGACUGUGGAUAUAUAUAAUCUACACCAUAACCCUGAGGUAUGGACUGAUCCAUACAAGUUCAAUCCUGACAGAUUCUUACCUGGUGGUGAAGCUGACAGCAAAGAAGGCAUUGUCUGGGCGCCUUUCUCUAAUGGAGGGCGUCAAUGUAUUGGCAUGAAUUUCAGUUUAGCCGAACAACGCGUAGUGCUUUCAAUGCUAUUGAGAAAAUACACGUGGUCGCUUCCAGAAAACUCACCUCACAAAAAGGUUCUGCAGAAGAAAGGUAUCGCUUGGGGACUGGUCAUUAUGAGUGAUAAACUUGACCUUAUCUUUAAAAAGAGAUACUAG